CCUGUGUGUGCGUGUGCGUGUGCCUGUGCCUGCCCGCCUGGUGUGACUCGCUUCGACGAAAGGGAAAAGAGUGCGCGUGCGAAAAAGAAACUCCGUCGCGCGAGGACGAGGAUCAGCCUCGCUUGGACGGUACCGCUCGCGGUUAGCCUGACUGUCAUUCGGAUGUCAUCGUCACCACCGCUGAUCACCGUCGCGAUCGUCGCAGUCGUCGUCAGUCGUCGUCGCUGCCGCCGCCGCCACCGCCAACGCCGCUCGUCGCGCCACUCGGCACUCCUCGUCCGGUGGCGUCGCGACGCCACGUUCCCGAGGACGCGGCGCAUCUCGCUCUCGUUAUAACCUCCAACGUUCGUUAUAACCUAAAUAAUUAUAACCUCAGGCCCGCGUCGAGACGCGGCUCGACGCCCGACGUCGAUCGGCCGGGGGGCGAGCUCGGGACGGUCGCGCCACUGCCAUUGCGCGAUUAUCGUUUGUCCCGCAACCCGCAACGGCGACGACGAGGAGUCGGGUGGCGCGGGUGGGAGAGGGGAACGGCGGCCUGCCAAUAAUUGUUCGUCGUAGCUAGAGGUGUUCGGUAGGUUCGGUGUGUGUUGCUCGCGAGCUUGUCCGAGCUGUGAACUGUCGCGUUCCCGUCGACGCCCGUCGUGCCCCACGGAAGGGAAACGCGAAGGCGUCGUCGUCGCGCGUAGGCGCCGUGUGGUGUGCUCCGCGGCGACUCGCCGCGUGAUGUAACCUCGGAUCCGCGGUGGAUAACUCGUGUGCGCGCGCGGAAACUAAUCUCGCGACCGAUCGUCUUGACACUGUCUCGAGGGCUCCUCGUAAUGUCGGACGAUUUUGCGAUAAGAACGCAAAUUUUGCAAUAAGUGGAUUUCCGUCGAUCGCGAGACCGUUGCGGGUUCGCGAGUCCAGCGUUCCAUUCGCAAGGAUCGGCCCAUUUGCGGCGACACGCUGGACGGUUAGAGCGAAGCGUGCAGCUUACUGAUCUCUCUUACGUCGCCAGUGAUUUCAGUCAUCAAGUAGUUGAAAAGCCACACAAAAUGGACGUCAGCGGUGAUCUGAAUCUACAAUGGGUAGGAGACGUGGAGCUUCACGAGGAGGUGAUAUGCGGCCUAGAGGCGCAGCUGGUCGCAUCGGAGGAGGAGGUGAUUGGCGCCUGCGAGGAGGUAACAGUGGAGGAAACCGUCGAGUCUGUUCCCGACGUAGUACCUGCCGCCGAGUCCGAGAUCCUGAUGGUACCUCAGACCAACGAUAUGGAAUCGAUCUACAUAGUGCCACAAGAUCAGGGGCACGACUAUCUGAACAUACAAGUCACCGAGGAAGUAAUAGCUGACAACUGGGACAGACCCGGUCCAGAUGACGGGGUCGAGAUUCCAGAGGCUAAGGUGACUCAUGACACUCUCCUGGAGUACGAUGACAUGGAAAUACCAUUGCCGAUCGAUCAGGAUUCUUACCAGAACGCUCGGCCGUAUCCAUGUGACUUUUGCAGCCGUAGGUUCCGAAAGAAGGCGAAUCUGAUGAAUCACAUUGUGGCACACCAGACAGAUCGGCCAUACGGUUGUAAUCUGUGUGGAUCGCGCUAUGUACGCAAGUGUGAUCUAAACAAUCACCUGAAGGUCCAUGCGUACGCUCCGUCGUCGCAAGACGGCCUCGAGGAUGACCUGAAUGACGAGGAUUUGCUGGUUGCCGAGCAGGAGGAGGACGUGUCGACUGGCGGUAACAAAGGCAGGCGCAAGAAGGUGCAAUCGAGCGUGCCUCGCAAACGGAAGAACAACACCGCCGCUGGUAUGCCAAAACGUAAUGCCGAGGAAAUCAAGAUAGAGAUGGGCAAGUAUGUGUAUAAACCAGACGAUGCUUACAAGGACGCGCUAUCUUUCUACGAGGAUGAGCUGACCGAUGGUUAUUUUGCACGCAGUGGCAAUUACGCAUCUAGCUCGAGGUGGCAGAUGGAGGAGAUAUCGUCUGCCACAGGCAGACAGCAGCCACAAUCGUGGCCUAUCACCGAUCCAACAAAGCCGUACGUCUGCCAGUCCUGUGGUAUCAGCUUUGCUAGGGAGAAAGCACUUGCGUCACACGCGCGCGUUCACGGUGGCGACAGUCCGUUCGAGUGCACGUCGUGCGGCGACAUGUUCUGGGAUGUCAACAGUCUGCGAGAACAUGUACGCAUAAAGCACGGUGGCACCAUUCCCCAACAGAUAUCUGAUGCAGAGGAAUAUGAAAAUGACGUCACUUACACGGGCGACAACGAGAGGAUCGGCGAGUUUUAUUGUAGCACCUGCGCGGUACCGUUCCAUCGUUUAGAUCUACUUAAACGCCAUCAAAAAAUUCACAUAAAGACGGAGAUGGACACAAUGGAAGGUUCCAGUCAGCAUCACAUGUGCAAUGUUUGCGGAGAAGAGUUCACGGAAGCUCUAGCACUAUUAGCACAUGCGGAACUUCAUGCUUCAAGAUCUCCUAGUCGUCGUUGCCUAUUGUGCGGGGCAAGAUGCCGUGAUGAAGCAGAAGUUGCGGAGCAUGUGCGACAGAAUCACGCUGAGAACGCGCCGCCAAAUACGUGUACGCUGUGUGGAAAAACUUGCAAGGACAAGCGCAGUUUGCUGAAACACUCUUGGAUACACAAUGUCGAUAAGACUUUCGGUUGUACAAAGUGCGUGAAGCGUUUCCACAGUAAAGCUCGUUUACGAAGACACAUGGUAUCGCACCGUAACAAAAUGGUAGCUUGCGACGAGUGCGGCGAGGAAUUCCCCGACGGACGGGCUCUUGUAAGCCACCGUCAUUCUCAUAAUAGGGAACUGGGCGGCCGUUCUUUUCCAUGCCGCGAAUGCGGGAAAACCUUUGGUAGUCGCAGCUCACAGCAGAUCCAUAUACGUAUCCAUACUGGCGAGAGGCCGUAUGGUUGCCGAUUCUGUUGGAAGGCUUUCGCAGACGGCGGUACCUUGAGAAAACACGAGCGCAUCCAUACUGGCGAAAAGCCAUACGGGUGCGCGAUCUGUCCUCGGGCAUUUAAUCAGAGAGUGGUUCUCCGGGAACACGUGCGCGCCCAUCAUUCCGGUCCAGAUCCAAAAUGCGUGGGCAGUAUAACGCCAUAUUUGUGUAAGGUAUGUGGCGAGUCAUACAGCACGUCUGAGCAAAUAGUGGCACAUAUAGUGCAACAUUGCGAUGACAACACUGCGUUGAGACGCCAACCACAGAGUGGGCCGCGCAAGUAUAAGAGAAGGCGCAAAACGAAACUUGAGACGAAUACAGUGGUACGUAGAGACGAGUUUACAUACGACAUGAUGGAAAAUAGCGGUGGCGCCGGUGGUGGUACCGGUAGUGGUACCGCCGGUAAUAUCAGUGGAAGUGGUGGUGUUGGCGGCAGCGGCGGUACUGGCACUGGCGCUGGCGUUGGCGUUGGCGUUGGCGUUGGGACUGGCACUGGCACUGGCACUGGCACUGGAGGUUCCGAUUCGGAAGACAAUACAAAGCGGAAACUUGGCAAGAAGAACAAACAACGAUCGAACGUCGAGGAAGGCUAUGAGAAACUACUGAAAGGCUUUGACAGCUCUCUACAGAACAUAAACUCGAUUGUGAGUAACUCCAAGUUAAAUGCAUCCAAAUCGAAGGUCUCGAAGAAGAAGCUACGCAAGGAUGAGAAGAAGCAAGAAGCGCAGACAUCGAACCAGUCAGGCCGACCGAAGAUGAUUCACACACAGAAGACGCGAGUGCCGGUCGAGGUGGGCAGCGAUGGCGCCAAGAAAGGCCAGAAGACGAAGACAAUGGUUACCCGGACACCAAAGGUCAUGCCGAAUGAGCAUAAGUCCGGCAUCUUUCCAGGUGGCGAACGGAAUCGGCCGCGCACAAAGAACGUCAGUUAUCACGUUGAAGGUAAAUCACAGCUCACGCCGGCGACGUUUCCGGCAAAAUCGACCAAGGAGAAUGCGUCUACCAUGUCGACACAGCAGCUACUGGCUGUUAACGUCAAGCAAGAGCCAGGCAUGAAAAAGGCCACAAGUGACAGUCGCAGAAACAACAAUGGUAAUAUCUUAGCUCUUGGUAAAACUCAGGCGUCAGCAAACAAGAAAAGAUCGUCUACCGUAAAGAGGAGCAAGCGGCAGAAGCAGCCAGUAGUGAAGAAGGUAUUGAAUACGUUGAUCGAAACAAACGUGGUAGAGCAACAACAGCAACAACUGCAGGUGUUACAGUUACGGAAUAAUAAUAAUAACAAUAACAGUACCAUGGAGAACAGCGGCGAUCCGGCACGACUGAUGGAACACGCAGUGGAUGGUAGUAAUCUGGAAGUAGCUUUUGAAGCGAGCGUCAUUACCGCUCAGGAUGACGACGAGGUUGAGAGCAUAUUGCCACACAGCACUGUGCGAGAGAUGGGCAAUAGGGACAACGUUAAGCUCAGUGUCAAGGUGGAAUCGACAUCGCAAACGAGGAUGAUGACUAUCCAUAGUGUUAUCGCGCCGGUAGACGAUGUCCCAGAAACGAUAAUACCGGACACAUUGGAGUAUACGUGCGAGAUGUGCUCCGCGGUGUUCUCUAGCCGUGCCGAAUUAUUGGUACACGUACCGAUACACAUUUGAUUUAAUAAUUUGUCCGAGCCGAUGAGCGGCGCGGAGGUUUGUUCUACUUCUUUAAGUAUAUUUGUUUAAUCGAAUCGCAUAGUUGGUUAUCACGGAUAGGUUUGCUGUUUUAGGAGGCGACGAUCGUUCCCUCUAUCAACACCACCAUUAUCUUCAUCCUUCACUCUUUCCCUUCUUCCUUAUACUUUUUAUUCUUUGAUUCUCUAUCGAACAUUGCGAUUCCUUCAAUUACUUAUAACUCAUUAGAUGCACUCGAAUUUUCAUAUUUCGCGUAUUUUUAAUUCGAUUAACAUCGCCCAGGAACCGUUUCUUUGUAUUAUAUCGUGAGUGACUCAAGUUUCAUCUUUUUCUAAUAUUUCAAAGUGUACGGAUAAAUGAUUUAAUCAAACUAUGACAAGAUGUGUCCAAUCCCGGGAACUGUAAAAUAAUGCAUGUAUAUGUAUAUAUACGUUGUAUAUAUCGCAUAUGCACGUGAAAUACACAACAUAUAUUUAUCGUAAUAUAUUAUGAAGUUUAUUUUACAUUAUAUUUGACGCGCGCAACUCGUUACUGUGUCCCUUUUGUCACUGUUUGCAAUUUUGUUUGAUCCAGGAUUUGUAAUACUGAAAUGCGACACAUCGACGAAAUUGCAGUUUUACAAUUUUCUAUUCCGAAAAGUAUUAUGAUACGUGCUGGAUCGAAAAACAAAAAAAUACGAGUUACAUAAACAUUCACAGUACAAUUUUUCAUAUACAUAUAUCUAUGAACGAUGUGAAAAUAUAAAGAUGGAAAAAAGGGAUCCUAAACAUCGAUAUGAUUAUACUUUAUAGUGACGUUAUUUUGACUAUAAUUAGUUUAGUUUAUGACGAUAAUUCAAUUCAGAGUUUUACUUUUGGCUCGCUUAUCGAGGCAAGGAGUAAAAUGUUGAAUACCGCUGCGAGCGAUCUUUAUUUUAGUACUUGUUAAUUACAAUUCAUAUAGGAUAACGUCUGCGUGUGUCGUGAAAUCUUUAUUAUUGUAAUUAUACGUUUGUUAUUCUAUCAAUCUAACUUUCUCUCUGAAGGGAAGAAAGUGGGAUUAAAGAAGAUAUUUAUUUGUAUCAAAAACGAGACAAGAGAUAUUAAAAUAAAUGCAAUAUCAAUUUCAAAAGAUUA